UCCUUCCCUCUCAUGACUUUAACCCUUCCCAUCUAACUCUUCCUCCCCCCCCCCCAAAAAAAAAACCCUUCUCCUCUUCCAUCCUCAUGGGUCUUCCCGCUGAUGAUUCUACUUCCUCAGACCUCGAGCUUGUUCUAGGGCUUGGUUUGAGUGUUGCUGCUCCUAAGAAAUCUUCCUCUAAUUUCCCUGUUGCCGCUGCUAUCUCUGAGCCGUCUUUGACGCUGGCCCUCUCGAGCGAUACUUUUGUCAUGCCUAAGAAGAUUGAUGUGAAAAUCAAAGCUUGUGAAGAAACUCCUCUCGAUCACUUGUCUCGGCAGACUUCUUCGCCUCACAGUGCUGUUUCGUCCUUCUCUGGUGGGAGAGUCAAGAGGGAGAGGGAUCUCAGCUGCGAGGACGCUGAGGCUGAGAGGCUUUCUUCCAGAGUCAGCGACGAAGAUGAAGACGGCACUAAUGCCAGGAAGAAGCUCAGGCUCACCAAAGAACAAUCUGCUCUCCUCGAGGAAAGCUUCAAGCAGCACAGCACCCUCAACCCUAAGCAAAAGCAAGCCUUGGCCAGGCAGUUAAAUCUACGGCCUCGCCAGGUUGAAGUGUGGUUCCAGAAUCGAAGAGCCAGAACAAAGCUGAAGCAAACGGAGGUGGACUGCGAGUUUUUGAAGAAAUGUUGCGAGACGCUGACGGAUGAGAACAGGAGGCUCCAGAAGGAGCUGCAAGAGCUGAAGGCACUGAAGAUAUCUCAGCCACUGUACGUGCCGAUGCCGGCUGCGACGCUCACCAUGUGCCCGUCUUGCGAGAGGCUGGGCGGCGUCGGGGACGGUGGCUCCAAUAAGACCCCAUUCUCCAUCACUCCCAAGGCGCCUCCUCACCUGUACAACCCCUUCACCAAUCCUUCAGCAGCAUGUUGAAGCCUCGAUUUUCUGGGAUGGCACAAACAAACCAAAACAGGAGAAAAAAAAGAAGAAAACAAGGAGGAGGAGGAGGAGAAUUUACCCACAACCAUUGUAUUUUUUUGGUUGAGGAGUACGUCUAGAGAAACACUGUAAUUAACUAAAACUGUAGAAAAUAGUAACUGCCCAUCCGAUCCCUUUUACUGUAAUUUUUUCCCCUUCCUUCUUAUAUUUGUAUUGUUUAUAUAUAACUGGUUUAUAUUAGUGAAUUACCAUAAUUUUUCAUCGUGAA